AUGAACCGCGCAAUUCUCUCAUUGGCCCGUGGACAACAAGUUCUCCGUCGUUCCCUCCACAAAGGGAGUUGACUCAACACCACCACUCAGAUUCACCUCAGUCGGAGAAAAGGUUAGUAGUUCAUAAUCACAUUUUCUCUUAAGUCUCCUAACUGAAAAUCCUAUUUCAGAUUGGACUCUACAGCUUGAUCUGCGUCGCCUUCAUGUCCUACCCAACCUGGGUUCUUUUCCGUCUCGACAGUCUCCGCCCAAGACCAGACAACGCAUUGGCUCCAGAAGUUCAAGAAGAAAUCGACGCCCGUGCCGCUGCUCGCGCCGCAAAGUAG